AUGGGAGAUACUAGGUACUCGCAGUAUAUUGCUGCAAAGCUUUUGCGUGAUCCUGUCCUUGAUCCUACGUGCAAAACGAAGUUGUAUCGAUUCGAUGGCGUUGUUGCUGGUUACGAUGUUCAUUACAUUGGAUCAUAUCCAGAAAAAGAAGUCACCUUUUCGAAUCUAAAUGACAACAUUAAUAUUAAAAAUUUGGAACAAAUGUGUCGUGAAUUUGGCUCGAUUGAAGAAGCUAAAGUAUACUUCCAUCCGAGCUCCCAUAAACAUAUGGGCAUUGGAAAGUCUCUCUCUAAUACCAAAUUUAGCCCGUUUGCUUCCGAGGAACACAAACAUUUGUCGAAGCCUCCAGGCCUUGGUAUUACGUCGUCAGGCUUUCAUUCCUCUGUGGGUGGACGUACCAAACCAUCCCAGUCGAUUAAUGGGAUCCCCGUCCCUAGCGAGGACCCAUUGGAUGUGCGAAUACACAGGUUGCUACAUUCCACUGUUUCUGGUUCUCCCUCUUCCUUGAAAAAGUCACCCGUGUCCAAACCAGAGGUUGACAUUAGACCGCGAAAAACACCACUUUUACCGGACGCUUUUCCUGAGAGGCCGAAGCAGUCACCAUUACUCAAGAACCCGCUAAUACCGACUCCGCCGCCACUUCUUCCGGUGUCAUCACUAGACCCAAAAAAUGAUCCCCUUUCUUCUUCACCUGCUUGUUCUGCACGUAGGACUUUGUUACCAACUCCCCCACAAAUUGAAGAACAGCAGGUGAAUAAACCAAGUCAGCCGUUGUCUAAACAACCACUGCUUCAAACACCCUCUAAAUCGACAGUGAAUUAUUCGCUUGUUACCAGGCUGGCCGCGGAAACUUCUCUGAAAUUUGUAUGCGAAUUGAGAGAUAUUAUACAAAAAGAUCUUGAACGGCGUCUAAUUGAGCGACAUGCCUUUCGGGAAUUUGAUACUUGGUGGGACUCUCAGAACACAGUAAACGUGAUUAUAAUAUUGAAAGCCGAUGCUCACAUUGAUUUAACAAAUGAACUACGAACAGACGCUUCUUUAAGUGAGCGAUUGUCAAAGUUCAGUGGGGAUUCAUCAACCUCUUAUCAAUUGCCCUCCGCAUCGGCAAAAGUAGUUGACACUAACAGUCUCAAUCGUCGCUCUGAUGAACCCUUUUCAUCCACUACAACCGCUUCCUAUCCCGGUGGUCUCGGUAUCUUCAGUGGCCUACGUGCUGCGCUACCUAAAAUCAAGCGGAAACCGAAACCCCCAGUGCCACAAGUUAAAUCAUUGUCUCCUGAUCUCAGGCAUCGCCAUCAGCGUCACCGUAGCAGUAACUUGUCAAAGCUACUACCCCGCCAUCAGAAGAGGCAUCGGUACAAGGAAAGGAGUCGAAGACGCUUGGAGCUGUCGUCAUCGUCAUCGUCAUCCUCAUCAUCAUCCGCUUCUCGUGAUCCAUCUCCACCUCCCUCUGAUUCGACUGAACCGACGGUCGCAUCUCCUUCCAAACUCGCCAUGGAUAAAACCGCACGUCGAUGCCUUAAAAGUUAG